AAGGGAUCUCGCACAACUUUGACCUCGUGAGUCGAAGGCGAUCCUCGGGAGGCUUCUCUCAACACGCAGCACGUAACUCGGCCUUUUGUCUUUGCUGUGGGCUUAAAUAGACAUUUUAAACUACAUUAUUUUGUCCUGGUUUGGUUUACUUUGCCUAAAACUCUGUGACAUGUUAACAUAGAUCUGACUUUGGAGACUUUACUAGGUCGGGUUGACAAAGGUGCAAAUAGUAUUGAGGCCCUUUAGUUUUACUUUAGUAAGAUUCUUGUCUGUUAACCCAGGUGUUAAUACUGUAAUGCUUUUAUACUGAUCGUGCUUCCACAUAGUCUCACUGAAAGGCUGAGAAAUGGAGUGUCAAUGUGAAAACAAAUCUGAGGAUGCUGUUACAGGCUGGAUGAGCAGCAGCACUUCCCACAUGGGGGCCUUCACUGUGGUCGGGUACCUCCUCUACAGGUUCUCGCAGACUCUCCCGGCUCUGAUCCGAUGGCCAAUUCGUCUCUUCUGCUCUCUAACUGGCCUGUCGUCUCUCUGGAGCUGGGUGAGCCACCUGGUGGGAACCCUUCGUGGGAUCCAGGGUCUGUGUAAAUGGCUGUCUCGGAUUUGGCGGUUUGCGGGAGCAUCUUCCUCCAAGUUGAAGGGGCUGGUCGCUGCCAUCACAGGGUCAUCCGCGGUUGAUCCAGAGAUGGAUCGGACAAACAGACCCGGCCUGAGGCUGAUCGUCCUCGGGCCCAGAGGUGGAGGACGGACGUCCCUGGCCGAUACUUUGUUGGGCGACAGUAAGAAGACGGCGCCCACGGGUCCCCUGAUGGAGAGCACCAGGAGAAGGUCGCUGAUGGAUGGCACAGAGGUGACGGUGAUCGACACCCCGGAUCUUUUGGGGCCGUCGCUGGGGGUCAACGAGAGAGCCAGGGAAGCUCUGAGGAGCCUCCAGCUCGCCAGUCCUGGACCGCACGCCUUCCUGCUGGCAACGCCGGCCGGGGGCUCCAGCACGGGGGUCGAUCAGGAGACGGCUGAGGCGAUGCAAUCCACCCUUGAGCUGUUCGGAGACGGGGUGGCCGGGUACGUCAUACCAGUCCUCACCCACGGCGCGCGCCAGGGUCGGAGGCACACAGAAGGCCGGGGGCCCGACGUGGACUCGGAGGCUGUGGAGAGGGCGCGGUCUCUGUGCCACCGGAGGCCGGAGCUGGUGGACAACGGGACGGACUGCCCCCCCGAGGCGAAGAGCAGGACGCGCAAGCAGCUGGUGGGACGGGUGAGGGAGAUGAACGGAGGACAUUUCGUCCACGAGCUGCAGAGGAGGGAGGACGCCAUGAGGGAGGAGCUCCUUGCCGACAUGGCCUCCGUACUGGCUGGAAAACUGGGCCACAUGUAAAUGCGAAAAGGGGGAAGUGAAAUGAUGUGUGUGUGUGUGUGUGUUUGACUUAAUGUGUGAGGGUGGCUAUUUGUAUAUUUGCAUAAUAUACAAAGUAUAUUUGUCCAAAUGAAUUCAUCACCUUUGGCCGCCUCAUGGUUUUCGACAUGCUGCAGGUGCUUUUGGUUUGAUUUUUUGGCAAAGCAUACUUUGUUGUAAUUCUUUCAUGUCAGUGUAUUCUUUUGUAAAGGCCCAGACCUCAUGUGUUCUCACACUGCUCCAAUGCUUGGCCCUCCCUUAUCCUUAAUAAUUUAAGGGUAAUAUCAAACUUUAAAGAUGGGCCGGGGAAAUAAACUGAAGUCACAUUGUUGCGGUUUGCUUUCCCCAGAAGCCUCCGGAAAAUGCAGCAUGAAUUUGUGAUAUAUAUUUAUCUUUAGAAAGAUUCUACUUUGAUCACAUAGUAUCAAUAUCAUCUCUUCUGAUGUUGUCAAUGUAGUGUCGGGUAAAUGUUUCUCUGAUCAGUGAGCGUAUUCAUCAAAAAAGACCUUCUACAGACAAAUCAGGUUCCUUACAAUGAGAGCAU